CCGAGUACCUUUCCAGUCUUCUUCUUCUACCCGGUUCCUGGUCUCUUCAGGGUGCAAGGGACAGAAGGGUUAUGAUCUGCAAUGGGAUCCAAAUAGACCCUGGAGCUGGAUUCUUGCGCUGCCAUCAGCAUGGCCGAACAGAAGGUGUCCACGAGCUCCCUGAAUGGAAAGAAGCGGCAGUCAGAUUUCACCUGGGAGGUGAGGGCCAAUGACCGAGCCUACCACAUGCAGUUCAAGAAGAGAGUCUCUUUCUGCCUGACAAAGAGGAAGUAUGCGGAUAAUGCCAUCAAGACGGGCAAAUACAAUGCUCUGACCUUCCUGCCACUCAACCUCUAUGAGCAGUUCCAUCGCAUGGCCAAUCUCUACUUCCUUUUUGUCAUCCUCUUACAGACCUUUCCUGAAAUCUCCACCCUGCCCUGGUUCACCCUUCUGCUGCCCUUGGGCUGCCUCCUUAUCAUCAGGGGCUUAAGGGACCUGAUUGAUGAUAUUGCCCGACACAAAAGUGACUGGAUAAUCAACUGCAGGCCCUGCGAAAUCUUGUCUGGGAAAAGCUUCAGCUGGAAAAAAUGGAGGGACAUCUGUGUUGGUGAUAUUGUCUGUCUGCGCAAGGACAGCUUUGUGCCGGCUGACCUGCUUUUGCUGUCCAGCUCGGAGCCAAGCAGCCUGUGCUAUGUGGAGACGGCAGAUAUUGAUGGAGAAACCAAUCUGAAGUUCAGACAAGCCCUUCUGGUCACACACGAGGAGCUGAUGAGUGUGGAGAGCAUGGCUGCCUUUGAUGGGAAAGUGACCUGUGAGGAGCCCAACAGCCGGAUGCACAGCUUCAUUGGCAUGCUGGAGUGGAAGGGUGAGAAGUACUCGCUGGACAGUGAGAAGAUCUUGCUGCGAGGCUGCAGGAUACGCAACACAGAGAUCUGCUAUGGGCUCGUCAUCUAUGCAGGAUUUGAUUCCAAAAUUAUGAGAAACUGUGGGAAGAUCCGGUUGAAGAAAACCAAGCUGGACUGUAUGAUGGACAAGCUGGUGAUCUUAGUCUUCCUGGUGCUGAUGAUUGCAUCGUUCUUCCUCGCUGUUGCCUGUGGAAUCUGGGCUGAGAAGUUCCGGCAGGAUCAUAGCUAUCUCUCGACUUUCUAUGCCAAGACAAGCCCUAUCAAGCAGGCCUUCUUCACCUUCUGGGGGUUCAUGAUCUUGCUGAGCAUCAUCAUACCUAUGUCCAUGUAUAUCACGCUUGAAUUCAUCUAUCUCGUGAAUAGCUUUUUUAUUGACUGGGAUGUGGAGAUGUAUUACCCUGCUAAAGAUACUCCAGCGAAAGCCAGGAGCACUAGCCUCAAUGACCAGCUCGGCCAGAUUGAAUACAUCUUCUCAGACAAAACAGGCACCUUGACGCAGAACAUUAUGACGUUCAAGAAAUGCUGCAUCAAUGGGAUCAUCUAUGGUCCAGGCACUGGCCGCAAACGAAGACUGUUGGAUGAAAGUUUGAGCUGGAACCCAUAUGCAGACAAGAAUCUGGAGUUUUACAACCCUUUGCUUCUGGAAGCUGUCCGGAGGGAUGAUGACCCUGUUGUGAGAGAGUUCCUGAGGCUGCUGGCCAUUUGCCACACGGUCAUGGUGGAGGAGAAAGACAGCCAGCUAGUUUAUCAGGCCGCUUCCCCGGAUGAAGAGGCCCUGGUGAUGGCUGCCCGGAACCUCGGGUAUGUCUUCCUCUCCCGGACACAAGACACCAUCACCGUUAGUGAGCUGGGGGUGAAGAGGACCUACCAAGUGCUGGCUAUGCUGGACUUCAAUAGCGUCCGCAAGAGGAUGUCAAUACUGGUGCGGGAUCCCAACGGGAAGAUCCGAUUGUACUCGAAGGGGGCAGACAUGGUGAUCCUGACAAGACUGCAUGAGAAUGGAGCCAAUGAGAAGAUCACUGAGAAGGCGCUUGAUAGCUUUGCGGAAGAGACUUUAAGGACGCUGUGUUUGGCCAGCAAGGAGGUGAAGGAGAAGGACUACACUGAAUGGAGCAAGAAGCACCGUAAGGCCAGUAUCAUGCUGGAGAACCGUGCUCAAGAGCUGGACAAGGUGUAUGAGGAGAUUGAGAAGGAUCUCAAGCUACUUGGAGCCACAGCCAUUGAAGAUAAAUUACAAGAUGGGGUCCCUGAGACCAUCCAGCUGCUAAAAAAAGGCAACAUUAAGGUGUGGGUGCUGACCGGAGAUAAGCAAGAGACGGCGAUGAACAUUGGCUUUGCAUGCCGGCUGCUCUCAGAUGACAUGCUGAUCCUGGAGGAGGAGGAGAUCAGUGAGAUGCUCAGUGCCUACUGGGUGAGCAACAACAACCUCAGCAGCAGUGGGGAACCCCUGUGUAGUGCCAGCUUUGUCCAGCAGCCACUGGAUACCUUUCGUCGUGGGAACACAGCCUUAAUCAUCACUGGGGAUUUUCUGGAUAAAAUCCUCCGCACAGGGGAGGUGGUGAAGAAGAAGAAGGAAAACUUCUGGAAGAGGAUGCUGUGCUGCAAAGUGGAGGUGCAACAGGAGCAGGAGAGCUUGUUGGAGAAAGCCUUCAUGAACCUGGCCACCAGCUGCCAGGCAGUGAUCUGCUGCAGGGUCACCCCCAAACAGAAAUCCCUCAUUGUGCAGCUGGUGAAGAAGCACAAGAAUGCCAUCACACUGGCCAUCGGGGAUGGAGCCAACGACGUCAACAUGAUCAAAACCGCUGACAUUGGGGUAGGCAUUAGUGGGCAGGAGGGGAUGCAAGCUGUCCAGUGCAGUGACUACGCCUUGGCGCAGUUCCGCUUCCUGCAGCGGCUCCUGCUCGUUCAUGGCCGCUGGUCCUACCUGCGCGUCUGCAAGUUCCUCCGCUACUUCUUCUACAAGACCUUCUCUGGCUUGAUGUCGCAGAUCUGGUUUGCUUUCUACAAUGGCUUUACGGCCCAGCCUUUGUAUGAGGGAUGGUUCCUUGCACUCUACAACGUGUUCUACACUGCCUACCCUGUGCUCUCCAUGGGACUGCUGGAACAGGAUGUGAGUGCUAAGAAGAGCCUACAGUUCCCUGAACUCUACAGAAUGGGCCAGAGGGAUGAGUUCUUCAACUACCGGGUCUUCUGCUUGACUCUUCUCCAUGGCACAGCCACCUCCCUGGGGAGCUUCUACAUCGCCCUGUGGGCCUUUGAGGACAAAGUUGGGAGCAAAGUUGUGGGUGAUUAUGAGUCCUUUGCUGUGACAGUGGCCACCUCUGCUUUACUGUCGGUCAUCAUUGAGGUCAUCCUGGACAUUAAGUUCUGGACAGUCCUGUCAUUCCUGACUGUUGCAGGCAGCCUGCUGCUCUUCUGUGUCUUUUCCUACCUAACGCAGAACUUCCAGGCCUUCAAGGAGGCCCCGUCCAUCUUCCGCUUUCCAGAUGCCAGCAAGAAUGCGCUGACCGAUCCAUAUGUCCUGCUUAUUAUCCUGCUCUCUGUGGUAGCGAACACCAUCCCCUCCCUCACCUUCCGCUUCGUUCGUGUGAUCAUGGGCAAGAGCACCAUUCAUCAGAUUCGCAUGAAGGAUAUGCGGCUGGAAAGGGACAUGGUAGAACUGCGCGCACACUUCCAGAGGGGCUCCAUGCAGCGGCGGUCCAGCUAUGCCUUCUCCCACAAGGAGGGCUACGCUGACCUCAUCACGCGGGGAGCCAGCCUGCGGGGGAGAGACUCCCUGGGCCUCAGUACCACACCUGUACCUGCCUUCAGAAGCAGUUCGUCUCCCAGACUGGAAGCACAUAAAACCAGAGUUGAAUUUCUGGCUUAAAGGAGUUUAGUUUUUACUCUGCUUUUAUAUUUGGGAGACCUUUUCCCAGCUGGGUCUGGAAUGCUUUUGACUUCAUGCAAGUCAGGUACUGAACUAACUGGAUGGCUCCUUUAAGAGUCAUGUUUUUAGCAUGUUUUUGGAUGCCAGAGAAGUGCUCAUUCACCUGCUUUUCCAUAGAGUGACAAUGACACCUGGGGAUGACCUGUGUGAGCAGCAGGUGGGAAGUGUCCAUGGAUAUUUCCUUGGAGGCCUUAUUUCUGCUUCCAAGAUGCGGUAAGGAGAUGGCACCAUUCACUCACUCCAAUGGCUGCUUUGUCAGUGAGGAAUAAAGGUUCUUGUGGGGAUCAGUUCCAUCUUUCAUAUACUGAACUCAGACUCCCUGACUUGAUGAAUGCGAACAAAAGCAAAUGGCGGGUGGCUUCUUUUGCUCCUGGAGCUCAGCUGCCUUACCCUGUCGGUCCUCACUGAAACACUCUCUGCACUGCAGUAAUGUUGCACCACUGCUCCCUGCUGAGUGGACUGAACACCUCACCUGUGUGUCACAGGCUCUGUAUUGCUAGCAAGGGCUCACUGAACUUAAGCUGUGGCUCCAGGUAUGAAUUCAAGCAGCAAGCAGAUGCAGCCACGUGAAUUGACCCAGGCUUGUUACAUUCCAUUCCAUCUUCUGAAUUAAUAAAAUAUCCCGAA